AUGACCAGAGUCGACGACUGGAAAUCGCACAAGAUUGAGUCAUUUGGAAAGCUGUUAUUGCAUGGCGUCUAUGGUGUCAUCACUGGCAAGAGUGAACAAGAGAAGGACUAUGAGAUCUACCUCUUCGAAUGCAUUUUGCUAUGCUGCAAGGAAAUCUCGCCGAACAAGAGCAAGGACAAGAAAGAGAGGGCUCGGCUGCAAUCACUCCCAAAGCAGAAGAACAGGAGCGCCAAGCUGCAACUCAAGGGCCGAAUUUUCAUGACCAACGUGACUGAUGUCGUGUCUCUUUCCAAGCCAGGCUCUCACAGCGUCCAAAUCUGGUGGAAAGGCGAUCCUGGUGUCGAAAACUUUACCAUCAAGUUCCUAACGGAGGAGAUGAUGAAGAAAUGGGCAAACGGCCUGGAGACGCAACGUAAGGACAAUGCGCCUCGCACCGCCACGAGCCCAGACGACAAUCCCACCGACUUUGCUUGGACGCGCGACCAGGCCGGCGGCCUUGAAAACCCUUACCUACAGCAAGAUGACGACGACGAAGACGACAUUGGCCCCGCCACUGCUCCUGCUCAGUUCCCAGUGCCAACAAACUCAUUUGGAGGUUCCAUGGCCAUCCCUAGAACCGCGUCGAGCACCAACCUGAGAGACUUGAGGAAGGGCUCGGUAACCGUGGAGUCGUCGCAGUCUCUGGCUGGCAUCGCGCGAGCUCCUCCGCCACGGUUCCCGCUGCCAAUGCCGCCAGCGCCCUUGUCCCUCCAGACCCAAAACAGCAUGACCGUUCCAUCGCCAGGCGCCCGCGGAGGAGACAGCUACUUUUCGCCCAUUGGCGAAUCACCUGCGUCUUCUCGAACCAGCGCAACCAGUGGAGUAUUCUCACCAAAUAUCAACCCAUUCUCAAAAGCCGGGACUCCUCAGGCAGGAUGGGAUGAGAACAACCGCUAUACGGCGCCAGCAAUGCCCCGUGCCCCAUCUCGAGACGGCACGCCGCCCAGUGCCUACAUGAAUGGCAGACACAGCGCAAACCCGGCGGCGUCAAGGAGCCGCUCGUACAGCACUCCCGAUGCCGCUGCUCAGGGCCAGCGACGCCAACCCAGCCAGAGCAACAUCCCCGCUGUCCCCGGCAUACCCUUGCAUCUCCAUCCCGCUCACGACAGCUCCAUCCCAAGAUCGCAAACAGGCUCUCCAAGGAACGAGGCAGCGGUGCCAGCCAGCCGGACGAGCACGCAGAGCCCCGGCUCCCAGCCUCAGCGGGCACACAAACACAAGCAUUCGCACUCGGGCAGCGUUGGCGGCACCAUGGCACAGUUCCCUACCCAGCCCGUCUACCCUCGACAGACCACGCCUGGACCUCCCAUGAGCAGCAACGGCCUUCGUGUUGACCCUGCAGCGGCCAACUCGCGGACCGUAUCACCGUCUCUCGGCACUGCGACCAUGUCCCAAGGAAUGCUAGCCCAUCACGGCAUGAUACCUUCGGGUAUGAUGCCUCCGGGAUUGGUGCCCCAGAUUCCACAGAACAACCCGGUUGCAAGCCCCGAGGUGGCCUUGCCAACGCAACUCAAGGUCCGAGUCACCUGCGAUACCGGAAACUAUGUUACGCUCGUCGUUGCUUUCAAUAUCACGUACCAGUCCCUCGUUGAUCGGAUUGAUGCCAAGCUUGCGCGCUUCACUACCAGCAGCAUAGCACAAGGAUUGCUAAAGCUUCGCUAUCAAGAUGAAGACGAGGAUUUUGUCACCAUCGAAAGCGAUGACGACAUUCAGAUUGCCUUUAUGGAGUUCCGUGACGGUAUGAAGAGCGCGUACAGUGGCGGUGUAGGAGAGAUAGAGCUCUUCUGCGUCGGAGACAUGGCGACAUAA